AUGCGCGGCGGUUGUCUCAGCUAUGCGAAGUUCUGUACCGAGGGCGACCUGCUGCAGCGGCGUUCACAGGAGUUGGCGAGUCGCCAAAAAGUGGGUACUGAGAGUCGUGUGGCGACGUGGGAGUGGCGACGUGGCGGUCGACCGCACUUGGCUGGAAAUGCGUACCUCGUGUCCAGUGGAAUUGCUCGACCGUGUUCACCGAAUGGUAUGAAUGGUACGAAUGUGAUGAUGACUCGACACGUGCGUGACGACGACGACGACGACGACGUGAAGGAGCUGGAGCAGCUGAUUGAGGAGGACGCAUGUGCGGGUGACGAUGAGAUGCAGACGACGGUGCAGCACCAGCAAGACGAGAGUACUGCUUUGCUCGAGCUCCACAUCGUCUACCACACGAUCUACCAGACACCUGUGCUGUACUUUCGGGCAUUUGCAAUUGAUGGGACGCCGUUGCGAGCCUCAGCGAUCACCCGCGACGUGGAGUUUCCUGGCUCGACCUGUCGAUCGACAAUCAUUGCGAUGGAAGAGCACCCGGUGCUGAACCGACCGUUCUCGUUUUUGCACCCGUGUGAAACGGCAGCAGCGAUGCAACUACUGCAAACUCAAGUGGCAUCGGAUGCUGGCGCAGAGACCAGACCAGCGGUUCCUGUGCCGUGGUACCUCACGAGCUGGCUCAGUUUGGUCCAACCCGUGACUGGCAUAAGUCCGCAUGAUUACUAUGCUCUAUGA